GUCGGCAGGUUUUUUAAUCUUAUUUUUGGAACCCUUUCCAGACCAGAGCGCGAAUUGACAAUCCUCAACUACUCUUUUCCGACUUUUAUUUCAUCAGUCCGCUUCAAUUCAGUUGCAGGAACGAUGUUAUCGUCGAACCCUGUCGAUCAGGCUGGUCAGGAAGAGCACCAGCCGGCCAAUUUCCGGAAGAUGCAGUCUGACAUCCAGUCUGCUUCCAAAUUGCUUGUUGCCCCAGAGCCAACCGAAACUGACGCCAUUGAACAUUCUAUCACAUGGCCUCAAAUGGCCACAAGCUCUGAUAAACAGCUGGCCACUGGCGACUCUGUCAUUCUGAGGUUAGCGGGAUUGGCGUCACGAAAUUCCGACCUUAAAGAACUGAUGCGGCGAGUCGGAAAUGGAAAGGCGGAAGCGCAGGAGGUCUCUUAUUUCCAACAGUUCGUUGACACAACACAGGAUAUCGGACCUCGAAAAUGGAAUGUUCAGUCGGCAUUCAAUGAUAGCAAAUUGCCCCUUUUAGUGCAACAGAAUGACGACCGCGAGGUCUCGCAGUCGCCAGAGCCGAGAAUUCAAUCGAUCAUACCACUCUCAGAGGCUCAGGCAAACUCCGAUGCUGAAUCCCUUGCCUCAGGAAUCACGUGGACAAGUUUCCUGGGCGGUGAUAUCCCCUACGACAACUUGGCUGGCAUGGCAGGCGGCUUUUUGUUUCCUGUAGAUGAGAGCAUGCAAGCUGAAGGUAGUGACAACGUUUUCGAGGAUACAGGAAUGGAAGAGAUCUAUUUUCCGCCCCUGCCGCCUACUCCGAAGCAGGACGUCCCGUUCACUGAUUCCGGAUAUUCGUCUGGCAUCAACCUUGAUGAUCUCCCGCGAAUGGAAUUGGGGGUUGCUGCUACCUCCGACUACGACAGAAAGUAUCCGGAUGCAAAGACUGUAUACUUUAGAGAUAGUACUGUUGCAAUAGACCAAGCGCAGCAAUACAUUUUCGAGUUGUCCAGCACUAUCCACGGCAAUCUCGGCGGAAACAUUGACGGAGACAACUGGAGGCUACUGUCUGAUCGAGUGUCGGGCCUCAUCAAGGACUUUGCCAUUAAAAUUGGCCUAGAAUCUUCGGUCCAGGUGAACCGAGACAUCAUGCACUUCAUACACAAACGUAGCCGUGAAAUUGCGACGCGACUUGACUCAAUGAUUCUCAGUGUCGACCCUCCAGCAGAGGAUGCUGGCGAGGGUAUCGAGGCCAAGAGAGACAACAUGCUCCUAAGUGAUAAGAUGGCCUUGUGGGUCAGCAAGGCCACGGGUACAGAGACCCCUGUCAACGAUGACGAGCUUUUCGUGGGGGUUACAGACGUGGAAGAGACCAUCGACGCGCCGGAACUAUCCAAGUACAACAAGACCGUUACAGAGAGCGAUUCAUUCAAGUGGCUUAUCGAAAGCCUGCGAAGAGAAUUGACACUCAAGCGAGAUUUUGAUGAGUCGGAAGGUUGGGAUGCCCAGGCAGCAAUUGUUGAGGAUUACAUGGAGCAAACAUGGCCUUCAACAUGGAAAACGAUCUUCAACUUGCUGCAGACGGUGUCUCGCCGUCCCAAUGGCCACGUUUAUGCAGAUGUUUUGCAUGAUAAGACUCAGGUAUCAGUAUCAUCUGAGCACGGUAUCCUCAUGAUGAGUCUUGAUGGUCCUGCUCAUACCAUUGCAGAGUGUGGUGAGCAGCUUGCCUGGUUACGGGCUUCAUACGCAAACCCACCUCCUCAACAGGGUAUGAGCAAUACCGCCCAACGAAUCCCCGUCAUCAUGAAAAUGGCUACAUUGCAUGUAGGCAUAUAA